AUGAUAUACAGCUCAUUAUUGGAGCCAGAAAAUAACGUGUUCAUAAUUUACAAAAAGUCGCUGGAUCCUGAUAUGGAUGGUUGCAUUUGCCUCUCAGACCAAGCUGUGCAAUAUUCACAUCAUAAGAAGCAGGUUAAAAUUAGUAUAGAUAAAGGGUCAGAAAUUCUGGCCAGCUGGCCUGAAGGAAUACAGGAGCUGAAGAGCCGCAGAUUCUGGCGUGCAGUUCUGGCAGAGAUACUAGGCUCACUGAUUUUCGUUUCUGCAGUGUUAGGUUCCUCAAUACCAAAUCAAGGACAGGAUUGCUCAAUUCUUCUGCUACAGCCUGCUCUGGCUGCUGGAUUCACAGCUGUGGGACUUGGCCACUGUUUUGGAGACAUUAGUGGAGCGCAAGUGAAUCCUGCAGUCACCCUGGCUUUUCUUGCCACACGGAAGUUGGACAUUCUGCGAACGGCUUCAUACAUAAUUGGUCAAUGUCUGGGGGCUACAAUGGCAGCUGGUAUCCUCUACCUUACAAUUCCCCUGAAAUCAGCAGCUCGGUGCUAUGUAAACAUGAUAAAUUCUGAAAGCAAUGCGGGCCAAGCUCUGGGAAUGGAGGUCCUUGCCACUUUCCAGCUUGUUUUCACCAUCUUCUCAGUAGAGGACCACAAGCGACGAGAGGUGGGAGAACCAGGAAACCUUGCUAUUGGAUUUUCUUUGAGUGCCGGAAUACUCACUGCGGGUCACAUUUCAGGGGGGAGCAUGAAUCCUGCCCGCUCACUUGGGCCAGCAAUAAUAACAGGUUACUGGGAACACCACUGGGUGUACUGGAUUGGUCCGAUGCUUGGCGCACUAAUGGCUGGUUUUUCACACGAGUUCUUCUUUGCUGCUACAGCCUCUCGUCAGAAACUUAUCAACUGCAUAACAUGUAAAGAUAUUGAGAUCAUCGAAACAGGCAGCGUAUCCAGAUCCUCAUUAUCCACAGUUACCCAGUCAGCAAUGCGAGCAAAACAGUCCAAUAAACACGACCAUAAUUAGAUCUGUUUUAGAUGACCAGAGAAACUAACAAUAUACCGCAAAGCAACUUGCCAACUGUAUAGCUAGGCAACAAUCUGCUGUUACCAACAGCAGUGAACUACUUAAUUGAAGAAAUAUUGGUGAGAGCCACCUGAGAGAACCCACAAAUGAUGUUAAGAAAAACAAAUGGUUGUGUACUUUUCUAAAUGUGGUGAGGCUCAACAGCCUAUAAUUAUGAGGAUAUCAAGUAACAAGUUUAUUCCUGGGGAAAAAAUCAACUAAUUGGACAUCAGAUAAGCUGCUCUACUGCAUGAGUAGCUUCUUGUUCAUUAGCAUUUUUAUGAAGAGAUUAUAAAACUAGAAAAAAAGCAGAGGUUUUCAGCUAUUACUUGUGUUGUUCAUUUUAAAACAUUUCUUAAUUAGAUGUUAACUAUUACCUGAGUUACUUGUUUAACUGGAUUACUCACUCUUACUCUGUUUACAACUAUGAUAACUAUGAUAAAUGUCCCAGAGUAGAACAUAAUGUUCAUCCUUUAUGGAGUAAAAUAUUAUAUAUAUUAUAUAAAUUAUUAGCAAAAAAUGUAAGGAAAUCUAAUAAAAUUCUAGGCAGCUUGGUGGUACCCCAGCUAUUCCUUCUCCUUCACAUCUCCAUUGAGUAGGGUUCAAUUCUUGACCCAUUUGUUUUCUAUUUAAAUUCCAGCCCAUUUUCAUCUAGUUCUUUUAUUACCACACUUAUUGUAACUUCACCUGUUUGUUGUCUGGUACAUAUCUUGUAAUCGAUAUUUAACCCACUUCCUAUUGUUCAUAUGACUUACUCACUUCCGAUGACAAAACAUGAAUCAAUGAUCAGUUUCUUUCAUGUUAAUUAAGAAAUUAAAUUUUCAUAUGAAGAAUAGUUCAAGAUUUCACCAAUGGAUGGUGCUAGUA